AUGGUUCGAGCGAGCGAUUUGGAGCGAACGAUGCGGUUUUUCCGCGCGAUCGGGCUUCGAGAGACGCGAAGAAAGUCUUCGGAGAACGGUCGGUUCACGUUGGUGUUCAUGGCGUCCGCGCCGGGGGCGCCGGAGAUCGAGAUCACGCAUAAUUGGGACCCCGAGGAGUUCGCGCCGCCUUCGCGUUCGAUGGGGCAUUUGGCCUACGCGGUCGACGAUAUUUUCGCGAAGGCGACGGAGCUUCGAGACGCCGGGAUUGAGAUUUUACGGCCGCCGCACGACGGGAAGAUGAUGUUCGUGAAAUCGCCGGACGGGAUCUCGGUGGAGAUUUUGCAAAAAGGCGAGCCGCUCGAGGCGCGCGAACCGUGGGCGUCGAUGCCCAACGUCGGCUCGUGGUGA